AUGGAGAACGCACCUGUGUCAUCACAAGGUAACAUGAUCGAUACGGGCAUGUACAGAUACGAGCGCAACCGUGGAAGCCACGAAUUCUUUACUCCAGGACCACACGCCACCACACGCACCGCUACCGCUCCGUCUGCUAUUUUUAACCUGGUGAGCACCAUCAUUGGCGGUGGGAUCUUGUCGCUUCCUUUCGCUUACGACAAGUGCGGACUCAUAGUGGCGUUGAUCUUCAUGGCCAUUGCUGCCUCUGCUUCCACCUUUAGUCUCUACGUCAUUGUGAGCUGCAGUCGACGUGGGCACGCCGCUUCGUACGAAGAAGUAGUGCGCAAGGCCCUGGGAGCUCGAGCUGGACACAUUACCGUUGUGCUGCUCGUGCUACUCACAUUCCUCACGCUCGUGGCGUACGUCAUUCUCACAAAGGACCUCUUGGGAUCACUGGGUGCGAGAUUCCUGUAUAAUCGCCCCAUCUCUGACAUGGAGCAGAACGGCUUGACGGUCAUCUGUGUUCUAUUCGUGUCACCGGGGCUACUGGCGCGCUCCAUGAACGCGCUGCGCUUCACCUCUGUCUUCAGUCUCGUGUCGGUGUUUGUACUGGCAACUGUCAUCACGAUUCGGGCGAUGGGCGCUAUGUUUGGACACAAAGAUACUAUGGAGGUCGUGACCGAAAGUCAUAUUCCAAUCAAGCUGACUCCUGAUAGUUGGGUAGAUGCUGCCUAUGCCUUCCCCAUCAUCUCCGUCUCGUUCCUCUGUCACUUUAACGUGCUGCCAGUGUAUCGUGAGCUGCACAAACCAACGCGUCACCGCUUGAAAAAGAUUGUGGCGUCUACGAUCUCUUUUGCGUGGUUAUUUUACAUGAUUGUCGGGACUAUGGGAUAUCUCUUUGCAUUUCAACAGUCAGGAGGAGUGCGAGACGAUAUUUUAAACAAUUUUAGCGACAGCGACCCGCUUGUGAACCUUGGACGAUUCGGGCUGCUAGUCACGAUCCAGUUGAGUUUUCCCCUCAUCAUCCAGCCAUGUCGUGCCAACCUGCUUCGACUUGUCAAAAUCAUCCGAAGCUACAGCUACGCUCGUGGCAAAGCUUCCUACGGUCUUGAUUCUUCAUAUUCGGAGGAAGGAGAGCUUGUUGGAGAAGAAACAACGCUUUUGCCAAGUAUCGGUGAAGCUUUACCUAUUGGUACGAUAAAUGCUUCCACGCCAGCAAGGUUUAGAGAUUCUGCCGUCCAUGUGCUGCUAACUGUCGGCAUCAUGGCCAGUGUAAUCACAAUUGCGCUGAUCUCGCCUGGAGUAUCUGUUGUGUGGAAUCUUAUGGGAUCUACCGUUGGUCUCCUUAUUUCAUACGUCUUGCCGUGCGUAUCCUACGUGAGCAUCCGCCGCGAGAAGCCAAAUACGGACCGACGUAAACUAACGGCCUGGAUCAUUCUCGCAGGGAGCUCGAUUAUCUGCGCCGUUUGCACCAUUCAGGCAUUCGUGUCUCUCUUCAGUCUUUAG